AUGGGCGCACCGGGUAUCAUUGCAGCAGGCGGUGUCUUUCGGGAUAAUUGGGCGAUGGUUCGUGGCUGUUUUCAUAUCAAAGGAGGGGUGGGUUUCGCUUUUGAAGCGGAACUUCUGGCGAUUAUCACCGCUAUCACUUUGGCUCAUGAUAGGAACUGGCUGAGGUUAUGGAUUGAGUCCGAUUCUAUGUAUGUGGUUAAACUCCUUGAAUCUCGCUCUUCAGAUGUUCCUUGGCGUUUUAUGAAUCUUUGGCAGAACACCUUGCGGAUUUUACAAGAUUUCCAGCUUAUUAUUACUCAUAUUUACCGGGAAGGAAAUCAACCUGCUGACAUUAUGGCCCACAACGAUCGCACGGAAGGAUGGUGGCCGUUUGCUAUCAAUGAAAUUACUUUGGCUGUGGCCAGAGACAUGUCCACUCACAGUCAUGUGCGUACUGUUCUGGGAUAG